AUGGCCAGCGCAUCUAAGCGUAAGCGGACAGAUGAGAAAGCUACAGUACUCGACUUUUCAAAGCCCUGGAAAUCGAGCGACAUUGUUUUCCUCGUAGAAAACAAAAGAUUCCACGUUCAUCGAAAUGUCCUCGCGCUGUGGUCUCCUGUUUUCGAGGCGAUGUUCACCUCGAAUUUCAGCGAGAAGAAAAAGGGUGAAAUUCGGCUACCUGGCAAGAAAGCAUCCAGCUUUAAAACUUUGCUGUUAAUGAUUUAUCCACCUUCAAAGGAAGAAAUAACACUCCACACAUGGAAAGACAUCUUGGAACUCGCUCACGAGUAUCAAAUCGACUCGAUUCUUCGCAAGUGCGAAGAUUUCAUAGACGACAUGAUGCCAUGUGAAGGAAUGGAUGUUGUGAGCACGCUUAUUCUGGCCCAGAAGUACAAUUUAGAAUUUUAA